GUGUUAAAUAUAAAACUACAGACACCGUAUGAGGAGAAGAAAGCCCACGAAGGAGACCAGCUUGAGGUGAUGGUUGCGCAGCCCACACGAUGACGAUUUCCACCACCACCGGCGCCGCCAAAAUCCAGAGAUCGAGGGACAAACGUUGUUUGUGAAAGAGGAAAGAAGCAAUCAGACAAGAGGUGGGAGAGUGGAAGAAACCAGAGGAAGAAUUGAUGACCCUGAGGGAGAGAGCUUCGAGAGAGUAGAGUGUGUGAGCGAUAGUCAGCGAGCAACCAAAGGGUAGAGUUUCAAGAGUCGCUAUUGGCGACUGGUUGCAGCAUUUGAACCCAUAGCCACCUCUUGAUCUGAUGAUUUCGUUUUUCAAUUGAUAUGUGUCUACUGAGCAAAGCUGGAUAUGGGAACUCAUAAUAUUUUGUGGAACUUGACAAAGAAAUGCUUUACUGCUGGGCUUAUAGGCCUGACUGUUUCCGAUAGAUAUUUUAGUGUGGUUCCAGUACGAGGUACCUCUAUGUCGCCAACUUUUAAUCCAAGAGCCAAUUCCCUUACUGAUGACUAUGUUCUUCUGGAGAAACUUUGCCUUGAAAAGUACAAAUUCUCAUCUGGUGAUAUUGUAGUAUUCCGAUCUCCCAGUAAUUAUAGGGAGAAACACAUAAAGAGAAUUGUUGGCUUACCUGGUGACUGGAUUGGAAUUUCUCAUGAUGUGGUGAAGGUUCCGCAAGGACACUGUUGGGUUGAGGGAGACAAUUCAGCUUCUAGCAUGGACUCAAGAUCCUUUGGCCCAAUUCCUUUGGGAUUAAUCCAGGGAAGGGUCACCCACAUCGUAUGGCCCCCUCAGAGGAUAAGCAAGAUCAAGAGAUUAUAUUAGUCCUAAGGUGGAGUACGAUGGAGAGUUUGGUUGAAGUUGGGUCUUGUCAGAAAUUGCUUACCAUUCUUAAAGAAAUUUUAAGCAAUGAGAUUCAUAUCAAUGGAUUUGCUCGUGCUUAGGAUUGAAGUUUAUGAAUCCAUUUCAGAUUCCACCAAGAAAACAGUGAAUAUGAUUUUACUUGUGUGUGUAUCUAGGUGGAAUAUCUCGCUGCAAACUGAAUCUUUGUCAUUCUUUUGCAAGGUUGAUAUUCCUUUCGAUCAUUCCUCUAGAUAGUUCAUGAAUAGAAAAAUAUGCUUUGUCACCAAAAUAUAAUGCCUUCGUUCAACCUAAAAUAUGUUUAAGCAAAUCCUGCAUGGGAAUGAGGAUUACAAAAUGGUUAUCUUCGGUUUAAUUACU